CCCCGCUCUGGGUUUUCUUUCUCCGCAGAUGUUGGAGGAGCACGAGUGCUGGCCACGGGCAAGUCUACGGGGGCCGAAACUGAAAUCAAAUAUGCCAUCAUCGGGAUGGCGCUGGGCAUUGCCAUAUCUGUGGGUUUCCUGGCCCUGAAGAUCUGCAUGAUCAAGAAGCACAUGUUUGAUAACGAAUCCACAGACCUAAGAAAUGUAAACCCGGACCCCAGUGACACCACCGCGCUAAAGAAGAGAGCCCCAAGGUUAAAUCUCAGUUUCUCCGAAAGGUGAGUUGUAAGAGUCCUCACUCCUACUGAAAGAAGGAAAGGCAGGCAGUCUCCUGCAGGGGCUGGCAGCUCCUCUGCA